AUGGAGGACCUCGAGAGCCGCGACCAGUCGUGCCGUGUGUCGGGCAUUGUUGUUUUUUGCGAGCAAGCGCACCUGGUCCCGGCGGGCGAGAGGGAGCGGUGGGACACCAACAUGGGCGAGAGCAGCGACCUUGAGAUUCAGUUGGCGCUGAACGGGAUGCUGCUGGGGGUGGACCUGCAUCGGUCGUUCGACGCUGGCACGUGGGUGCCGAUGGUGAAGGAGGGCGGCCGGCUGAUUGUGUACGUGGUGCGGACGGCUGAUUGUUUUUCGCGCUCACGGUCGAGGAACCUGAGCCCGACCAAGUGGCCGCGGUUGCAGGCGCUCAAAGAGGAUGCUGGUGUUUUCAUCGCUGCGGAGCUGGGUUGGGGUGACGAGGCUGGUAAUGAGGCAGGUAACGACUUGGAGGACAAGGAGCAGCAGCUCUACGGUGCCGACGAUGACUCAGGCCCGUAUCAACGUGGCCGCAAACGCUUACGGAACCCUGUACUAUUGCCGCCACCGUAG